AUGCAUCACCAACAAAACCCCGACCUUCACAUCGGAGAAGAGAACGCCCUCCUCUCUUCUGAUGAUGCCACUCCAACUCCUCCUCACCAAAACCAAAAACAAACGCAAACCCAUUUCUCAAUUCAGGUUUCACCCUCCUCUCCCCAUCCACCGCCACCAAACUCACCAAACACUCCCUGUCACCAUGAACGUUUCUCCAAUAACCCAUCUCAAGCCUCGCCCCGCAAGAGAGUACCCGUCAUGACCCCCCCUUACCCUCUCUUCUCGACACCCUUUGGCGCAAAGUCUCCAACUCCGAAGCUCCUCCCUCGCUUCCGCUUCCUCAUCUUCCUUUCCCUUCCUUCCCUCUACUUUCUCUUUUCAAACCCUAGCCCUUUGGAUUUCUUCUCCGUUGUCGCUUUCUCGGCAGCACUGUUGAUUUCCCUUAAUCUGGCACUGUUGCUCUUCACUCGAUUGUUCCCCGCCAAGUUCUCAUCAUCGUCUUCUUCUUCUUCCUCCUCCUCCUCCUCCUCCUCUUCUACACACCCUGUGGUGUGGUCUAUCGGGUCGAACCCUAAGCAAAUGAAGAGCACGAGUUGGGGGUGUUGGGUGCAAGUUUACAGCAAUGGGGAUGUGUACGAGGGUGAAUUCCAGAAAGGGAAGUGUUGGGGGAGUGGGGUUUAUCACUAUCACAUGAGUGGGAGGUAUGAGGGGGAUUGGGUUGAUGGGAAGUAUGAUGGCUAUGGUGUUGAGACAUGGGCUAGGGGAAGCAGGUACAGAGGGCAGUAUAGGGAGGGUUUGAGGCAUGGAAUGGGGAUCUAUAGGUUCUACAGCGGUGAUGUGUACGGUGGUGAGUGGUCUAACGGGCAGUGUCAUGGUUUUGGCGUCCACACUUGCAAUGAUGGGAGCCGUUAUGUUGGUGAGUUUAAAUGGGGUGUCAAACAUGGACACGGACAGUACCAUUUCAGAAAUGGGGACAUAUACGCUGGUGAAUAUUUUGCAGACAAGAUGCAUGGUUUUGGAGUGUAUCAAUUUCAGAAUGGUCAUCGAUAUGAGGGGGCAUGGCAUGAAGGAAGAAGACAAGGACUGGGAAUGUACACUUUCAGAAAUGGGGAAACACAAUGUGGUCACUGGCAGAAUGGGGUUCUUGAUGAUCCUAAAAGACAUAAUAGUCCUACUGGGUCUCCAUGUGAUGUGGACCAUGCCAAGGUUUCAAAUGCAGUACAGGAUGCACAUUCUGCUGCAGAGAAAGCUCACAACAUGACAAAGGUGGAUGACGGGAUGAAUAAAGUAGUGGCAGAAGCUAAUAAAGCUGCUAACGCAGCCAGAGUUGCAGCUGUAAAAGCUGUGCAAAAUAGGAUGCAACAUAACAGUAAUAAUAAUGAUAAAUGA